CCCCACCUUGAGCUUGACAACUCUCCUCCCCACCAACGAUCGCAUCCUUCAACCUAUCAUCUUCCAACACAACACAACCAUGGCUUCCGAUUUAGACCAGCUCAUUGAAAUGGGCUUUGACCAGGAGAGAGCACAACUGGCAGUGACUAAAAGCGGUGGUCUCCAAGGAGCUCUGGAAUGGCUCGAACAAAACCAAGACAAGUCGCUCGAGGAGAUCAAGGCUGCCGCAACCAACGAAGAGGAAGGCCCAGCACUUCAACCGGGUGAAGAGCCCCGCAGUCUGGUUUGCAAUGAGUGCGGCAAGAAGUUUCGAAGCACGGCUCAGGCCGAAUUCCACGCUUCAAAGUCCCAGCACGUCGAUUUCGCCGAGUCUACAGAAGAGCUUGCACCUUUGACCGAGGAAGAAAAGAAACAGAAGCUUGAGGAUCUGAGACAGAAGCUGGCAGCCAAGAGAGCGGUGCAGUCCGAGCAAGAUAAGGUCGACAAGAAGAGGAAUGAGGAAAUUCGCAGGAAGAGUACCAAGGAGUCCCAAGAUGCGAAGGAGGAGCUGCAACGAAAGCAGCAGAUGAAGGAGGCAGCCAAGAAGAAGCAGGAAAAGCAGGAUGAGAUUGAGGCAAAGAAACGCAUCAAGGCUAAGAUUGAGGCGGACAAGGAAGAGCGGCGACUCAAGGCCGAACGGGAGAGGGCCCAGCGAGCUGGUGUGGCUCUUCCAGCCCAAUCUGCAUCUGCCCCGGCUCCAGCCUCUGGUCCUGUCGCUUCAAAACCCGCUUCUGCCUACACAGAGUCUCGCCUAAGGUUCCAGACGUCCAAGGGCAACGUUAUGAAAACACUUCCUGUUACUACAACAUUGUUCGAGGUUGCCGCGGCUCUGAAGCAGGAGGAUGGUAUCGAAGUUCAAAGCUUUCUUCAAACCUUUCCUAGGAAGGUCUUCAACUCGGAAUUCUUUGGCGAAUCGCUAAAGGACCUUGGCCUCACUCCCAGUGCGAGUCUUGUGAUUCAGUGAGUCUGGUCACAGUUGGAGAUACCCGACAUGCCAGGUGAUGAUGAAUGUUUCCAAAGGAUGAUGAUGGCGUUUAGAAGAUGAUAGAAUAAUGACAAGAAAAUUGAGAUAAUUGAAGCACAAUUGACUACUCCCAUGAGUUCCAACC